AAAAAACAAAUUGUGAUUAACUAGCCAUGUAAGAAACAUUUUUGCACAACUUUGCAAUGAAAAUGCAAAUAGAAACUUUAAUAGAAACUUUAAUUUUGAUUAAUUGCUGACAGAAAAAUUUACAUUUUGAUCAGAAAAGACUGGAAAUUAUUUAUAGGCCUGUAGCAUUCUAAUGAAUAAUGUUUAGACUCGUAAUUUCAAUGGGUUCACUGACUUUUGAUGUUUGAGAAUUUUAUUCAUAAUUUAACAAAAGCUAUCACUACUUAAGAGCACACGCCUUUUACAUCACCUCACAACACCAAAUCUGACUGUGUAUUUCAGAGCUAGAAGAUUAAAGAAAAAAAAUUUGAAGGAGCAAGGACAUCAACAUGUGCAUUGUGUUCCUAUACUUAUGCAGGGAGCCAAACCCUGAUAGAUACCAUCUGAUAAUUGCAUCAAACAGAGAUGAGUUUUAUUUCAGACCAACGGCCAGUGCCAAGUUUUGGAAGGAAUAUCCAAAUAUAAUUGCAGGUAUAUUUUGUUGCUGAAACACUCUUGACUCUGACUCUGUCAUGAUCUAUGUCUCUGGAGGCUUGAGGUCCAGCUUGUUUCUCAAGGUUCUCUGCUAUCACAUCAAACCCUUGGCAAUAGUAGUAUUUUCUGAACGUGGGAAAGGCUUCAGACGGAUGGAAUUUGAUUCAACUUUGCCUGUGCAGAAGUUUCUGCUUGUCCCAAAUAAUAUUUUUGAUUUAAAUCUAUAGCUAACUAAUGAAGAGGUACUUGUGAAUUGUUUCACUGAAAACAUUUUAUGUUGAUUAUGACCAUGCAUAAUCUUUUUACUCUAUAAAAAUACUCCAUAAGAAGUAAGAAAACCUCCUUAGGGAGAAUUGCUCCAAGCAAAAAUUUAACCUGCAUGUCCUUUAUAACUCUGCAAUCAAUGUUGUGGCAAAAGUUAACAGAUUUUCUACAGAAGAACAUUUUUCAUGGCAGUAAAAUGUUGUAAAAAAAUAAUCAUUCUGCUUUUCUGAGAGAUAUCCAUUAUCUUUAUACAGUUGUUAGCAUUAAAUGAAAUAGAUGUAUUAACAAAGUGACUUAUUUCUUUUCAGGCAUGGAUCUUGAGCCAGGGAAAAAAGGUGGAACAUGGCUUGGUAUAACAACUGAUGGUAAAUUUGCAGCAGUCACAAACUACAGACAGGCACCAAAAUUCAUAGAUCCCAAAGCAAGAGGAAGAGGCCAUCUUGUGCCUGAUUUUUUGAAAGGAAGUGGUGAUGUUCAGAGUUACCUUGAGGCAGUGGGUAGUGAAGGUGAUAAGUACAAUGGAUUUAAUCUUUUGGUGGGGAAAUUGUCCCAGAAUGGUGAGACCAAGAUUGGAUGGUACUGUAAUGUUGAAGACAAACAGGUAACAAUGUUGGAACCUGGGAUUCAUGUGUUAUCAAACAAAGUGUUAAACUGUUUCUGGCCCAAAAUGGCCUAUGGAAGAGAAAGAUUUGCUGAAAUCCUUGAAGAAACUUCCACGAAAGAAGAGCUUGUUGAUAAACUUAUGGGCCUGUUGAGUACCAGACAAAGGUUGGUUAAUUUACAGUCACUUAAAUUUAUAUUGCCAUCCGUUUUAAGUACAUAUUAUUAUACACCUGGCAGUGCCAAUGGGCAAGAUAAAGUAGAUUGGCUACCUGUGCAGAAAAGAUGGGCCCAUUUUAUGCACCUAGGAUUUCCCUCUUUGAUCCCAUGUCAAAGAAAGAAAGUGAAGUGGACUUACAAAAUGUUAUGGGUGUAUAAUUUAUUUUUGGAUAGAGUAAAGCAAAAUAAUAUGUUCACACCACUUCAUUGUAAACUGUGCUCCUUUUUACAUUUAGUGACAGGAGAGUCUACUAAAUGUCAAAAAUAUUUUUAUAUGAAGUUCAAUGGAUGUGUUCCAUCCUGGGACAUGUGGGUAUAUCAGUUUUAUAAUUACAUUGGUUAUUUUCUAAAUGUCUUUUGCUUUUUUAAUGAUAUAUCAAUAUUUCUAAAAGGCAUUUCAGCUGUGGUGACAGCAAGAGUUUUUUGGGUCCUCAAGAUGAAGGAGGCAAUGAAAAUCUGAUCAAUGCCUGUCGAGCAAUCUUUGUCAACUGCAAAGAGUUGAAAUAUGGAACAAGGUACAUUUUAGAACUUUUUCAUCAAGAAAGAGAGAUGAACAUUGAUUCUCUGUUCCUGAUAAGAAGUCAGAAUAAUAAUUGUUAAAACAAGUUUAUAACAUAGCCGGUAAAUUUGUCUAAUCAAAUUCACUUGCGUGAGCGUGCUUCACAUUCCUCAAAAACCUUUUCAGACUUUGGGGCAUAUUUUCGCCAAAUGUAAGGAUCCUGUCACGAAAGAACAACAACGAACCGACGCCAUUUAUUCUAUUCCUUGCAAUGACUGUGACAACGAAUACAUCGGACAGACCAAACGUCAGUUUUGUACAAGGUUAAAAGAGCACCAAAAAGCGGUUUUUCUUUGCAAAAGGGAAAAUUCAGCUUUAUCGGAGCAUACAUGCCUAACCAACCAUACAAUUGGGUGGGAUAAUUCUACGGCGUUACCACCAGCGCCUUUGUUUGGAGGCUUGGCAUAUUAAUUCCGCCCACGCUCCUUUAAAUCGUGACGAUGGCGGUUUGCUUCCUGACGCCUAUUUACACCUCGUCAAAAAAAAGGCCGCUAAUUAGUGAUCAUAUAAAAGAACCUCUUAUUGCAGCAUUUAGAUGACCCCUGAUGAAGACACUAGACAGGAGUGUCGAAAUGUUGGGUCUAUGAAUUGUAACUUCUUCAGUUACAUUUAUUAAAUCUGCAAACCAGAGUAGCAUCAAACUGUGUCUGAUUUUCAACCUGGUUGCCGUGUGAACUUAAAUAUAUUUUACAUUCUUAUUGUGCACCCUCAUGACGUCAGCAAACAAAUCCCUCGAGAAAAAAAAUUUCUCCGCGAUUUGUAAAUUAGCCAAUGAAACAACUUUUUUGUUUUUCUUUUGGAUAAGAAAAUUUUGUAUUCAAUCAGAGUGAAGUUCAUUUACACGCAUGAAUUCAUCUGUCAGGUUUUUGACCAAUCUAAGACAAGAUCGUUUACAGCGUAGCGAAAUGUUUUCCUGAAACAAAAUUAUCAACACGCUGAAUCGUAGCAGAGGGAAUAUCAACCCUUUCACAACAUUUAAACCAUCGGGUUGAAAAUGUUAUAAAACAAUUGGUUCAUACGUCAGCUGUGCGUUCAUCGAGGUAUGAAGCACGCGGGAAGUUUGGAGAGCACGAAAGAUGCGUAAGAAUUGCUCGAGGCGUAGCCGAGAGCAACUCUAGCUUCUUGAGACGUAUGAACCAAUUGUUAAUUUGAGCACCCUUACACUAAAGAGUCAGAAUUUUUUUACACGCACUUCACUGUUAGUAAUGGAUCUUUAUACAGAUUCUGCCAUGAGUGAAGCUUUAAAUCAAAUUUCAAGUACCAUUUAUUUGAAUGAAAGUUAAAUUACAUGAUUAUGACAGAGUUCCUUUGAUAAAUAUCACCCAUAAUAAAUUUAAACAUUAGCAGAAGAAGGGAUAUUGUAGGACUGGAAAAAACCAAAACAUACAAUUAAUAUAGAAUAAGAAAUCUUAUCCCAGCUUUCUUAGUAUAGGUUAGAUGUUAACCUUGUUGAAUUUAUUUUUUAGAACCAACACAGUGUUGUUAGUUGAUAAAGAUGGACAUGCUACUUAUGUUGAGAGAACCAUGGAUGAGAAUGCCUCUGACCCUGAUGAAGCUGACUGGAAAGUAAGCACCUAUGAGUUUAAAAUUACUGAAAAAUCUGGCAACUGUGCAGAUAACAAGUCACCUAAGGAGAAUCUAUCAAAUGGAACAAGUGUGCAUGUUGAAGGGAGGGAAGAAUCUACGCAAAACAAUCAUGAAUUCCUGCCACAAAACCAUUCGAAGAAGAAACGAUCAGUGAAUGAAAACAGUUCACCCGUGGAACCAGCCAGAAAAGUAAAAAAAAAUAGCGGUAAAGAAUGA